AUGUGUGUUAAGGAUUUGAUAUUUCACAAGUUAAUGUUCUACCUACAAUUACAAGAUCCAAAGAAAUGGUUGGACGACGCAGAAAUAGUUAAAUUUCCUUACAACAUAUUUUCUGGUAUUACUUAUAUCAAUAAAGGUGCUUCGGGACAAGUUUAUAGAGCCAAAUGGAAGAGUGAUAUGGAUGUAGCAUUGAAAGAAAUUAUGAAAAAGACGAAAAAAGAUGACGGUGAAGUUAUGAAACAAUUUGUCCACGAGUUUAGAUCACAUAAUCAAGUUGAUGGCCAUGAAAAUAUUUUGAAUAUUUAUGGGAUAACGCAAAAUCCUAAAUCGGGAAAUUAUUCAUUGGUUUUACAAUUCGCUAACCACGGGACGCUCCAUGAAUAUUUGUCUGCAAAUGUUGAUAAAUUGGACUGGACAAAAAAGUUAGGUUUGGCAUAUCAGCUUGCUAGUGGCAUACAAGCAUUGCAUAGUAAAGGAAUAAUUCAUCGAGACUUGCAUGCGGGAAAUGUUCUUAUAGUCGAUGAUAAUAUUAAGAUUUCGGAUUUCGGAUUGUCAAAAUCUAGAGAAAAAGUUUAUGGAAAAAUUAGAUAUACAGAUCCCAGAUGUCUCGAACACCCUAAAAACGAGAAAUCGGACAUUUUUAGUUUAGGAAUUUUGUUAUGGCAAAUCUCAAGUUGUAAACCACCAUACGAAUGGAUUGAAAAUGAUCAGGAUGUUUAUUUAUCUGGUGAAAGAGAAACUAAGGUUGAUGGAACUCCUGAAGAGUACUUUGAUUUAUGCACUAGAUGUUGGGACUCAGACCCAGAUAAUCGACCAGAUAUCAAAUCUGUUGUUGAAUAUCUUGACAAACUAAGGGAACAACAUUAUACUGUACCAACUAUUAUACAAAAAUCCACGAACGAACACUUACAAAAUGCUUCGACAGAUUGUAAUCAUAGCAGUGGAGCGUAUCACGAUUUUAAAUUUAACGAUCUUAUGAAUGAACAAGAUCUGCUUAUGAAACAAAAUAUGGGUAACACUAGUAAUAGUGAUCAAUAUAUCAGUGAUUCUAACACCAACAACAAUAACAAUAAUGACGACAUAAUUAACAUUUUUAACGUGAAUAGUUUUGACAAUUCUAGUAAUGCCGAUACUUAUUAUAAUUCAUCCUUACAUUCCAUUACAAUGAUCGACCCAUCUCCUCCCAAAGAUAAUAAUUGGUCUGAUAAUCUUACCGAAUUAACUAAAUUCAUUCGCAAUGAACAAUCAAAAACUUGUUUACAAUAUGCAAGCAAUUCAACCCAAAGUUGCACAUCUAUAAUUCUUACAAGUUGUCCUGUUGAUCGAUUUGGUGAAAUUUCUGAUUUAACAAAAUGGAAUCUUAUUUCAACAAAUCCAUCUCAGCCAUUAUCAAAUUCGACUGAAAUUUUCAUUGAAUCCUUAGAUAACAAAUUAUGCCUUACCACCAAAUCCAAUUCUGCUGUGCAAGCUUGUCCUUGUGAUAAUGGGGUCACUCAAAAAUGGAAACUGAAUAGUGAUGAUACUUUCACGAGCAGCUCAAAUAAUGGAAAAUGUUUAACAAUGUUAGCUGAUAAUUUAGGCUUGGAUACUUGUCAAAAUAAUUCUACACCUAUGUCAUGGAAAACUUAUAAUGUUGCUCCUAAUGCUGUUAACAUUUAUAUUAAUCCAUUAUUUAGUGGAAAUACUACCCAAUUAGUUGUAGAUCAAUAUACAUCGAAAACUCUCCCAACAAGCAUUUUCAAAUCACCAUUUUCACUUGAGAUUCCACCCGGUUUUCUAUUUGAGAUUGAUUCGGGAAAAAGCGAUCCCAUAAUUUAUGAUUCUGAUAUUGCUCAAGCUGAUCCUAUAAAAUCAUUAACUUCCACAAUAAUUGUCAAGUUAAAGUCUGGAGUGGUUAUUUAUGAACAACCUGCAUAUUUUGGUAACAGUGAGUUUUUUGAAGUUGGUGCUUCAGAAACAACUACUCAAACAAAAGCUAUCAUGAUUGGUUCGGUUAUGGUACCUGAUGGUUUUCGUGGUGUUGUGUGGCAAUCCUCUAAUUUCUCUGGUACAAAUCUUGGUUUAUUUGAACCUGUUGCCAAUUUUACUGGUGUGUCCGUUGCUACUAAUCAAGCACCAGCUGGCAGUUUCGAUAUAUCUUCAGCAUCAUGUACAAAUGAAUGUGGUUCAGGUGGUUUUUGUAAUGAGAAAAAAACAUGUGUUUGUAAGAAUGGUUUCACUGGUGAAAAAUGCGAUCAAUGUUUACCUGGUUUUUUUGGACCAAAUUGUCAAGCAUGUCAAACCUCAUGUGGUGACCCAACAAAAUUUACUUGUGAAGAUGGUUUAUCUGGUUCAGGAGCUUGCAAAUGUAAGGAUGGAUUCACUGGUGAAAAAUGCGAUCAAUGUUUGCCUGGAUUUUUCGGCACAAAUUGUCAAGCAUGUAAUUGUGGAAACGGUACUUGUGAUGAUAAAGGAGCUUGUUCAUGUAAUGCUGGAUGGGCCAAUGAUCCAAAUGAUCCCAAGAAACUAUGUUCAACUUGUGAUAUUGGUUUUUUUGCUUCAGGAGAAGAUUGCAAAGUUUGUUCAUCGGGUUGUAAUUCAUGUGAAGCACAAACUGGUAAAUGUACAGUAUGUAAACCAUCACUUGCUUUAAGUACUGAUGAUGCAACAAAAUGCGUUCCUGCAGCAAAUAGUUGCACAGCUGGUCAAUAUUUCGACUCAGCAUCACAACUAUGUCAACCAUGUAACACCCAAUGCCAAACUUGUUAUGGUCCCGGUCCUGGAGACUGUUUAAAAUGUCUACCACCUUUAAGUUAUUUUAAUGGUGGAUGCCUUCCACAAAAACCUACUAAUGAUGGUAAAUGUCAACUAAACGUUGCUACGCAGCAAGCAUUUUUCAUUGAUAAUUCGCAAGGUGCAUGUGAAGCUUGUCCAAGUUCUUGCACUGAUUGUUCUAUACAAGGCUAUACUCCACAAAGUCCAAAGGAGAGCAUGACUUGUUCCAAAUGCAUGCCAGGCUUCGUUUUAGACAAUGGUAAAUGUGUUAAAACUUGUUCAUCCAACAAAUUUGCUGACAAAGAUAUGACGUGUAAAGAUUGUAAUUCCGCAUGCAAGUCAUGUAGUGGGCCUCUUGAAAAUCAAUGUUUAUCAUGUUCAAAUUCCGCUAAUUUUGCUAUUAAUGGAGUAUGUUCACCAACGCCGUGUCCAUCAUCCUAUGUGUCUUUAAAUACAACAUGUACAAAAUGUCAUCCAGAUUGUGCAGAAUGUUCAGGACCUGGUAUCAAUCAGUGUACAAAAUGUCCAUCAAACAGACCAGUGCUAACCAAAGAUGGCCAAUGUAUAGAAGUUUGUCCAAUGGGAACAUAUCUUGAUAGUACUGGCAAAUGUCAACAAUGUAAUAAAAAAUGUUCAUCAUGUGUUGGUCCAGAUGCUGAUCAGUGCCUUGGUUGUUCAAAUCAGUCAAAUGUAUUGAUUGAUGGUUCUUGUAAUAGUUCAUGCCCCCCGGGUACUAAAUUAAUAAAAAGUGAAAGACUAUGCCAGAACGAAGAAAAUAAUCAAUUGGUGCCACCUCAGCCAGCUGCUAAUAGUGGUAAUGAUACAGCGCAAGAAAAAAAGGGACUAGAAUGGUGGCACAUUCUAAUAAUAAUUCUUUCAAUAAUCAUAUUCCUGGUUGGUAUGGUGUUGUUGAUCAGAUAUUUGGCCGUUAAGAGAAGGAAGAAACAAACGGAUGAGUUCAAGGAAGCGUUGGAUGAGAAUCAUGUGAAAAAACAAGUGAGAAAUUUGUAUGAGAUUGCACCCAGGUUGUUAAAGAAGAAAAAAAACAAGAGUCAUAGAAACUCCCAAUUGGCUGAACUUGAACCAGCAUAUUCGACAAACCCAAAAGAAUUUAAACAAAUUGACAUUGAUGUUGAUGGAAGUAUAGGAAAUUAUAACGCAACGACUUCUCAAAUUUUUAACACUCCACCACCAUAUGAUUCAAAAGCUGGUGAAAUGUAUUGGAAAAAUAAUGAAUAUGUUUUAAAACGAGCACCACCAACAACUGGCCAAACUGUUGCAAAUGAUGUUUAUUAUAAUGGUGGUAGCAGUGGUACUAAUGAAAGUAAUAGUGAAAAUUGGAAUGGUAAAAUUGAUAGAAAAAGUUCAAAUUGGGGAGAUAAUUGGAUAUAA